AUGGUCAAUAAAGAGAAGCCCACGGCCCAGUCAGGCAUCGGCAUGUCUCCCCCCUCCGGGAACGACAACGAGGCUACGGACCAUGUCACGAAGGACCCCUCACAAAUGGAGGCUAACGAAGCCAACGGUAAAGGGGACCUUCUACCUACUCCCGAAGAGCAGAUUGAGGCUCUUGGAAUCACCAACUGGCGUGAUCUUGAAAAACAGGUCGUCAAGCGUCUUGAUAUGACUCUCAUGCCAUGCUUAUGGGUUCUUUAUCUCUUCAACUAUCUGGAUCGAGCCUCCAUUGCUGUCUCGGCAGCAACCUGUGGUGUCAAGAAUUACCAGGGUCUCAUUGCCGUCAGAUUCUUCCUAGGCGUGGUUGAAGCACCUCUGUUCCCAGGUGCAAUUUACGUCAUGUCUUGCUGGUACACCCGCAAGGAAAUGGCGUUGCGCUGCGCACUGUUGUACACAGGCCAAACUCUUGCUUUCUGUACGGCUGGACUCAUUGCAGCUGCAGUUUUUGGAACCUUGGAGGGCCAGUAUGGCUUGGCAGGCUGGCAAUGGUUGUUCAUUGUUCUGGCGUCAACCGGUGCAGGCCUGGCCAUGAUUGCUCUCUUCAUUCUCCCAGACUAUCCUGAUUCCAAUACCGGUAGCGCCCGCUGGUCAAUGACGGAGGACAUGCGUAAAGUGGCUGCUGCUCGCAUCCUGGCCGAUCGCGUGUCAACUUCGGAAGCUAAAGCUGGCGUCUGGGCUGGCCUGAAGAUGAGCAUUUUCGACUACAAGAUGUGGCUGCUCGUCGGCAUGAACAUUGGAAUCUCAGCUGCAUAUGGCUUCUCGAAUUUCUUCCCAUCCAUCGUACGGGGAUUUGGUUACAACAACACCAUCACCCUCGUUCUAACUGCACCACCUUAUAUCUUUGCGGCUCUCGGUUCUCUCGUGAACGCAUGGCACUCUGAUCGGCAGAAGGAGCGCGGGUACCAUUUCGCCGGCCCCAUAGCUUUUGGUUGUAUCGGCUACAUCAUCUGCCUGGCUACUGAGAGCAAGACAGCACGAUACGCUGCUUCUUUUGUGUAUGUUGGGGGCAUGUACUUUGCAAACCCCCUCAUAUCAACAUGGACAUCCAAUACCAUGGGUAGGACGCCAGAGAAGCGAGCCAUCUCCGUCGCACUGGUCAAUGUUCUUGGUCAGAUUGGUAAUCUGAUCGCUCCUUACUUCUUCGUUGAUUCGGAUGAACCGCGCUAUCGGCUUGCCUUCAUCAUGAUGAUGGUUAUGGGCCUAAUUGCGUGCACGAGUGCCAUGGGCCUGAAGUUCUACCUUUACAAGGCAAAUCAGAGACUGUACCGAGAGGCCGUUCGCAACGGGAGCGUGUAUAAUCCUUACGUUAUGUAA